AGGGAGGCGUCACCUUACUUUUCCGGCCGAAUCCAAAAGGAAAAUAGAAACCCCUGGCGGCUAGGCCCCUCGUCCCCUCCACCAGUCUCCCCACUAUUUCUCUCUCUCUCCCUUCUCCCGCAGCGGCAGUCGCCGGCAAAACCCUAGAUCUCCCUCCCGCUAAAACCCUCAAGAAGUGCGGGAGGAUGGCGGAGCCCUCCAAGGUAAUCCACAUCCGGAACGUCGGGCACGAGAUUGCCGAGUCUGAUCUGCUUCAGCUGCUUCAGCCGUUCGGGGUGGUCUCCAAGAUCGUCAUGCUGCGUGCAAAGAACCAGGCUCUUCUGCAGAUGGAGGACAUGCAUGCGUCCGUGAGCGCGCUGCAAUAUUACAGCACUGUUCAACCUAGCGUAAGGGGAAGGAAUGUAUACAUGCAAUUCUCAUCGCACCAAGAACUUACCACUGACCAGAGCUCUCAUGGAAGGAAUUCUGAUCAGGAGUCUGAACCCAACCGAAUCCUCUUAGUUACUAUCCACCACAUGAUCUAUCCUAUAACAGUGGAGGUUCUACAUCAAGUUUUCAAAGCUUAUGGAUUUGUGGAGAAGAUUGUCACAUUUCAAAAGUCAGCCGGUUUUCAAGCCCUUAUCCAGUAUCAUUCGCGCCAAGAAGCUGUGGAAGCAUUUGGUUCUUUGCAUGGAAGGAACAUAUAUGAUGGUUGCUGCCAGCUAGACAUUCAAUAUUCAAAUCUCAGUGAACUGCAAGUCCACUACAACAAUGAUCGGUCUAGGGAUUUCACAAAUCCAUCAUUGCCUACAGAACAACGUCCAAGGACCUCUCAGCAAGGUUAUCCUGAUCCAGCUGGUCUCUAUGCCUUCCAACAACCUGGAGCUUCAUAUGCACAGAUGGGAAGGGCUACAAUGAUUGCGGCUGCAUUUGGUGGAACUUUACCUCAUGGAGUGACUGGUACCAAUGAACGGUGCACACUUAUAGUUAGUAAUUUGAACACUGAUAAAAUUGAUGAGGACAAGCUUUUCAAUCUAUUUUCUUUGUAUGGAAACAUAGUGCGAAUCAAGAUAUUGCGUAACAAACCAGAUCAUGCCCUAGUUGAGAUGGCUGAUGGGUUGCAGGCUGAGCUAGCGGUGCAUUAUCUAAAGGGGGCAAUACUAUUUGGGAAGAAACUGGAAGUUAACUACUCGAAGUACCCCAACAUUACACCUGCCCCUGACGCGCAUGACUACUUAAAUUCAAGCCUGAACCGGUUUAACAGCAAUGUGGUCAAGAACUAUCGACACUGCUGUGCUCCAACCAAGAUGAUACACAUCUCUGCUCUCCCACAAGAGAUAACCGAGGAUGCAAUCCUUAACCAUGUGAAUGAACAUGGUUCUGUUGUCAACACGAAGCUGUUCGAGGUGAAUGGCAAGAGGCAGGCUCUCGUCUUGUUUGAGACUGAAGAGGAGGCAACGGAGGCCCUCGUAUCGAAGCACGCCAGCUCACUCGAGGGGAACACCGUCCGGAUCUCCUUCUCCCAGAUGCAGAGUAUAUAGCCAACUCUUCUACAGAAAGCUCUCGAGCCACUCUGCCCCUGCGAGUUUUAUUUAGGAAGCAUUGAACUUAAAGAUGUGAAUCCUAUGCGCUGUUCUCCCAGACUUGGUUUCUCCACUUUUUCUUGCACUAAGGGUUUCUCUUCUGUUUCUUUCCUCCUGGAUAUUAGGUUACCAAAAGAUUUUACCCCGUGGUGUUGUGCUAUUCUGAGUUAGAAGGCCUGUUGAUUUUGUGUUUGGAUUGCUUGUCAUUUCA